GAAGGACGCAAAUGCCGCGUUGCUGAGUAACUUUGAGGUGUUCCAGCUACUGACGGAUCUUAAGCAGCAGCGCAAAGAGAGUGGGAAAAGCAAGCAGAGCUCUGGUCAGCAGAACCUGAACACCAUCAUGUACGAAACACUGAAGUACAUCUCAAAAACACCCUGUAGAUACCAGAGUCCUGAGACUGUGAGAGAUUUCCUUGCGGCCAUGAAGGGCCAUAAGCUAACCAAGUAA